AUAUUUUUACCUCAGUAAAAUACGAUAGAGAGGAACACCCCCUGACUAAGAUAGCACAGUCCUGCAAAAUGUCGAACCCGGUGCUGAACUUCUGCAUCCGCCUGAUGAAAUGGCUUCCAGUCGUUUUCAUCACGCUCAUCGUGCUCUGGUCGUACUACGCUUACGUGGUGGAGAUGUGCGUGUUUGCCAUCACAAGCCUUCCACAGAAAGUGGUGUAUCUUGUCCUGUACCACGUCUUCUUCUUGAUAUUUGUGUGGUCGUACUACCAGACCAUCUUUGCUCCGGUGGGGAAACCUGCACAGGAGUUUUACUUGAGCAAGGCGGAUGUGGACAGACUGGAACAUGAGGACAGGGAAGACCGUCAGCAGCAGUACCUGGCACAGAUGGCUAAAGACCUGCCCCUGGUGACAAGAACCAUUGGAGGAUCAAUCCGUUAUUGUGAACCCUGCCAGCUCAUCAAGCCAGACAGAUGUCAUCAUUGUUCAAUGUGUGGAACGUGUGUACUUAAGAUGGAUCAUCACUGUCCUUGGGUGAACAAUUGUGUUGGGUACAGCAACUACAAGUUCUUCGUGCUGUUCCUCGGCUAUGGUCUCCUGUACUGUAUAUAUGUAGCAGGCACUUCUGUGGAGUAUUUCAUCAAAUUCUGGAACAAAGAGCUGGAUGACACCAUUGGGAAUGGCAGGUUCCACAUCCUGUUCCUGUUCUUUGCGGCGGCCAUGUUUUCCAUCAGCCUGGUGUCCCUGUUUGGUUAUCACCUUUACCUGGUCUUCAGCAACAGGACCACAUUAGAAUCCUUCCGAACCCCGAUGUUCAGACACGGCCCUGACAAGGAUGGGUUCAACCUGGGGUCGUCCAACAACCUGAAGGAAGUGUUUGGGGAGGACAGGAGGUUAUGGUUCCUGCCGGUCUUCACCAGUCUGGGUGAUGGGCUGAAGUUCCCCACGCGAGUUCAAUACGAUCCAAGUGAGCCGGCCCCAACUGAUUCCCCCGCCACUGAAUCCCCCGAUAGUCCAGAUAGCGUUGGUUUUGGUGAUGGCAUGAGCUUCCCUACCCGGAGAACCUCGGAGGACUCCCACCAACUGUUGAACGACAGACAGCGCUGGGCAGAGGAGGGAGAGGGAGACGUUAGUGACAGGGAAACAGCCCUAACCACAGUACAACCGCCUGGUCGUAGCAGAAUGCACGUAGAGGCAGAGACAUAGCGGAGGAUGGGGGAAGUCCAGCUCUUGGAACAGCCUACCAAGAACCUUCAACCUGUGCUUUAUGCAGUCGUUUCUUUGGGGAACAACAAUGCAGAAUUAUUCAAAAGUUCAGUCAAAGGGAGUUAACCAUUUUGUACCAGUGGAUCACUGAAAAUGCAUUUAUUAUGCUGGUGUCUUUUUCAAAGAUACUGUUUUUGAAAUGUAUUUGUUGUUUUGAAAAUAUCCUUCCUUUUACUUAUAGUUCCCUUGCGAUGACCCUGAUCAUUAGAGAAUUUUCAAUAAAACCAUUUUGAUACAUGUACUUGAGCAGGAAUGUUUUGAAAGGUAUAAUGAAGUAGGAAGUGUUUAUAAGAAACAGUUACAUGCUAUCCUCUCUGUUUCUCAAAAUAGUUAUACAUGGAGAUGCAUUUUAAUAUUUGGUUGACUAAGAAAAUAACAUAAGAUUGUUUUGAUCACAAAAUAGCAGAAGAAAAGGGUUGAUAAUACAAGUAUUUCAAAUACCCAACAUAUUCAGGAAAAACAUUUUAGACACUAUCAUCCAAGAUGCAAUACUAUGAUACUUGUGUAUUGAGGACCAAACUUUUUGUACACAUCCAAAUUCAUAAUCACUGAUUAGAAAAACAACUUUUUGUACAUAUUAUCGGUUGUCAUGUAGUCUCCAUUUAGAUUCUGUAAAUAUUGAGUAAAAAUGCACAAAAUACAAACAGCAAUU